AUGUGGCGGGUCGUGCUGGCCGUCGGGCUCGGCGCGGCGCUCGAGGUGCUGCUGGGCUGGCUGCUGAGGCGGCGGGCGGCGGCGGCGACCGAAGUCAUCUUCUUUCCCUCGACGGUGACGUGCACGGAGGAGCUGCUGGCCGGGGCGCCCUGCGCGUGCCCGCUGCCGCACGGCGAGAGCGCGCUGGCCCGCCUGCUGGCGCACGUGCUGGCGGCGCGGCGCUCGCUCGACCUCUGCCUCUUCGCCUUCUCCAGCCCGCAGCUCGGCCGCGCCGUCGCCCUCCUGCACCGCCGCGGCGUCCGAGUCCGCCUCGUCGUCGACGCCGACUACAUGGCGCUACGCGGCUCGCAGGUCGGGCCGCUGAGGAGAGCCGGGAUUCAGGUACGCCAUGAUCAGGACAGUGGCUACAUGCACCAUAAGUUUGCCAUCGUGGACAAGAAAGUGUUGAUCACGGGCUCUUUGAACUGGACCACGCAAGCAAUCCAGGCCAACAGAGAGAACGUGCUGGUGCUAGAAGACCAGGCUUUGGUGAACAUUUUUCUAGCAGAAUUUGAAAAGAUUUGGGAAAACUACAAUCCUGCUAAUUAUACAUUUUUCUCUAAACAUGAGAAAACUGGGAUUGAAAAUGGAUAA